CAUCAUCAGUUGAAAACGGAAAGUGAAAACAACAGCGUGAAUUUUUCGAUAAGAGUAUUCAAUAAUUUUCAAAGUGCUUUUACAGUUCAAAGCUUUGUGAGAAGGAAAAAUGGUUCUUGUUCCUAUUUUGUUCAGUGACUGGUGGGAUGAUAGCUGGGACAGUCAACUUCGACUUCCUCGUAUCUUUGAUCAGCAUUUCGGUAGUGGAAUCAGCGGAGAUCAUUUACUAACAUCCCGCAAUGCUGCAGUACAAUCCGCCAUUCAAAAUCAGCGCCGACCCCACUAUGUAAGACCGUGGCGCAAUUUUAAUUUGGUACCGCUACGAGACUCCGGUUCUGCUAUCAACCUUACCAGCGAUAAAUUCCAAAUCAAUUUGGAUGUACAGCAGUUUGCACCAGAAGAGGUUACAGUCAAGGCUACGGACAACACAAUUAUCGUCGAAGGCAAGCAUGAGGAAAAAGAGGACGAACAUGGUCAAAUUUCUAGACACUUUGUUCGUCGGUACACGCUUCCAGACGGACAUGAUGCCAGCCAGAUUGUUUCGACGCUGUCCUCAGAUGGUAUACUGACAAUAUCCGCCCCGAAGAAAGCAUUGCCUGAACCAGAAGGGCUGAGAACAAUUCAAAUCGUACAGACCGGCCAACCGACGAAACAACCAAACGGAGAAUCGGAAGCACAAGUUGAAGAGAAAAAAUAAACAAUUUUUCUAGUAGAGGUUUUAAUUUGAUUUGCAUAUUCAACUAACUAAUACAAUGUCUCGAGAAAUGCAAGACAGUUUAAAAAAUAUAUUCUUUGACUGAA